GUACGAAUCACUUAUGAAAAGAAGCUCGCCGAAUUGUCCCUUCGAAUCGCAGCCACUGAAGCUGAAAGAGAUCGUGUUCUCUCUGAAAUGGCGACUAAAAAUGCGUCGAAACUCGAUUCGGAACACGUGAAGAAGAUUCGUGAAGACUACGAAAGGAAACUGAAUGAAAUGCGAACCGAGUUCAAGAAGUUGCAAUCGGUCGAAAGGGAACACCGUAAAAUGCAAGCUCGACAAGCAAUGGAACAGCAACAGUUAAUGAAGUUACGCGGUGAAUUGUCCGACAUGAAGAAACUUAAGGUUGAAUUAAUGCAAAAAAUCAAAGAAGAAGCAAAGAAAGCGAAAGCAUCCGAAUUGGCCCAUUCGAAGCGAGUAGCUGGAUUAGAGAAGGAAUCGAGGUUGAUUCGUUUCAACCGAAUCACACGAACGGGUCGAGGUGGCUUCGAGCCGACGAAUUCGGCAUCGAAUUUAAGCAGUUCCGCGGCCAGUAAUCGCACAUCGGCUGCGGCUCGUCAGGCAAUGCCAAGGACGGCCGCAGCACGGGCUCGUCUACAAAUGGGUCGUGCCUCUGGAAUCGCGCCGUUCUCUGCGAAAAAUGCUAAAAAUAAAUGGCUAACGAUCGAAAAGAAUAUAUGUCGAAGGAUAACACAACGACAAUCAGUUACGAAAAUGGAAGAAGAGUUGGAGAGGCGAAUGAAUGAGCGUCAUGCACUCAUCGACGAAAUCCAACAUCUUGAGCAACGUUUCAUCGCUACGAAAGAUCUAUCAGAACGUGAUUUAAUCGGUGAACAGAUCGAUGGAUGCCAAGAUAAGAUGGGCUAUCUGCAAGAUCAGAUCACUGAACUUCAGAACACAAUCGCCAGUGUCGAUAGCGACAGCACAAAGGCUUGUUUUGAUUAUUUCCAAAAGCUUUUCCUUCUCCAUAUCGUUAUCUUUUCGCAUCGUAACAUUAAGAUGGUGUCACAAGCUUUCUCGAAGCUUUUUUCGAUUUAUCGUAUCUCUGAAAAUGUUGAGAAAAUUUCUUUAAUGAAUGCAGGGAUCAUUCCGAGAAUGUUAUCGUUGCUGCUCGAAUCAUACAAUUUCUCGUCUCGUAUCUAA